GUAAUGGUGUACGUGGCUGGACUCCGCCCCGCAUCCGAGCUCGAACCCAAAUCUGAACCAGAUCGGGUCGGUUCGGUUCGGUCCAGCGGGCCGCCGCCGCCGUCGAGGGACCAGGGGAAGAGACCGAGAGAGGCGGGGCGUUUGAGCUCAGAGUGAGGCCAAGGGGGGCAGCGGCGGGGAGAGGAGUGAGGAGGAGGAAGGGGGGUCGCCGUCGCCGGCGGAGCAUGUCGUCGCUGGGGACGUCCAAGGGGGUCCUGGAGAUCGCCAAGUUCGGCGUCUACGUCUCCGUGCCCGUCGCGCUCACCUACCUCGUCGCCACCGACUCCAAGACGCUCAAGAAGCUCAUGGGCCUCCGUCCAUAUGUGGUUUAUCCACCUGAAGGCCCACGCCCACCGCCGCCUGAAGAACUUCGCGAGAGGGCUCGGGAAAUAGCUCGUAAGAGGCAGCAGAGCUGAGUGGAUUGGUGACUAGGGAACAUCAAAGAUCAUAAAUCCAGCUCACAGAUAUUGUAGAGAAUGACACUCUGGUUGUUGAUAUGGAACAUGUGUUUGGCCUUGGUCGGUAACAUCUUUUUGCUGUUGUUGUCACUGUUGUUGUCGUAAUAGCGUUGAAGUGGCUACGGGUCAUCUGCUUUGAGCUGUGAGGGUUGACUAGAUGUAAUUCACUGUAUUUCUUGUUGGGAGGCAGUUCAAAGAAUAAAAGAAAGGCCAUAUUUCGUACAUCAGCAUCACUUUACUCUGAGUCUAAUGUUACUAUAAAGAAUGCAAUUGA